AGUCUUGACAACCAGAACAGAUUUUUCGUCCAGUCUCUACCACCACACAAUCCACAGACAUGCUCUACUCUCCUAUCUUCACCGCUUUCGUUGCUGCCGCCGUUGCCUUCGUUGGUGCUAACGCCGAGAUCCACACUGUCCACUUCCAGAACAAGCAGCCUCUCCUCAAGGCUAAUGGGAGCUGCGGCGACAACGGAGAGGGCUGCACGCUUAUCGAGACUACUUUGAAGAACCCGACGACCCCUGGGUCCGGCUCUAGCACUGACAUCUCCCUUAUUCCUCCUCAUACCUUCUCAGUUACCUCUGGCUUCGGCUACUUCGGCGCCGGAUGCGAUAAAUUGGGAGCCGACUGCACCAGCCCAAGCUGUCCAACCGCCUUCCAUCAUCCGAACGACACUCACGUCCAGGUCCCGUGCCAGGGAGACAAUGUCAACCUCGCCAUCACUUUCUGCGACUGA